AUGGCAUCGCUGAACCACGCCAUUCUUAUUUCAUUAUUCGUUUGCAGUUGCACUGGUCUCCAAGAGACGUUUGAUCCAAAAGCUGUUGAUAUAUUAUUACGGGAAAUUCGUUCGAGGCUUCAACAGCAAGAAUUGGACCGGCAUCCUGAAUUAAAAACGACAACACCGGCGGCAGCGGAAGAAGUGAAGAAAAAUGAGAUCGAUGUGGAAGGCUCCGGAUCGGGCGAAGAGAUUGUUGAAGGAUCGGGUGUUGGUGAUGAAGUGUUCCCAACACCUCAACCAAUUUUCGACAAGGCUGGAAAUUUCAAUGACAAGGAAGAAUUGGAGACGCUGACGCUCACAAAACUCCACAAAGAAGCCCCCACAACUAUUCAAGAACACUACAAACAAAAUCCAGUCGGCACCCUUCAAAUGUUGCAAGGUCUUGAUAUCCAUGGAUCAUCGGGUGGCUAUCAUCGAGCACUUUCCGGCGGCUACCUUCCUCCACAAACCUAUGAUCCGUACAAUGUGAACUGGCACAGCUAUGGUGAAGAGGGUGUCAAAAUGAAGGAUAAAGCGAUUGAUGUAUUCCGAAGAGUUCUCCGGCCAAACGUUUAA